AUGAAUUCUCGUAAUCCGCAGCAAUAUUACAUAUCUUCGGCUCGAGAACUUUCACGGCUGGUUGGAGUAUCCAAAGCUCCAUUAAUACAGCAUUUUGCUGAAACAAUUUUAGGAGCAACAACUAUAAGGAGCUUUGAUCAAGAAAAGAAAUUUCAAGAUACAAACAUGGAACUGAUCGACUCGUAUUCUCGUCCAAAAUUUCACGUCAGUGGUGCAAUGGAAUGGUUGUGCUUCCGUCUGGACUUAUUGUCUUGUGUCACUUUCGCCUUCUCUUUAUUCUUUUUAAUCUUUUUACCGGAGGGAGUUAUCGAUCCCGCGAUUGCCGGGUUAGCCGUGACGUAUGGACUCAAUCUAAACAUAUUGCAAGCUUGGGUCGUAUGGAAUAUCUGCAAUAUGGAGAACAAAAUUAUAUCUGUUGAGAGGAUACUUCAGUACAGUAGUAUCCCUAGUGAGCCUGCCCUUGUGAUCGAAACUAAUCGCCCGGACAGUCAUUGGCCAUAUCAUGGAGAAGUUCAAAUUCAUGAUCUGCGGGUACGAUAUGCCCCACACAUGCCACUCGUCUUGAGAGGUCUCACUUGUACUUUCCCUGGAGGGUUGAAAACUGGCAUUGUAGGGAGAACAGGCAGUGGUAAAUCAACUCUCACACAAACACUUUUCCGGAUCGUUGAGCCAACUGCAGGGCAGAUUAUAAUCGACGGUGUCAACAUCUCAUCGAUUGGACUGCAUGAUUUGCGGUCACGACUCAGCAUCAUCCCUCAGGAGCCUACCAUGUUUGAAGGGACUAUACGAAGCAAUUUGGACCCUCUUGAAGAGUACACAGAUGAACAGAUUUGGGAGGCAUUGGAUAAGUGCCAACUCGGGGAUGGAGUUCGAACGAAGGAAGGUCGGCUCGAUUCUUCAGUUAGUGAGAAUGAAGAGAAUUGGAGCAUGGGCCAAAGGCAGCUAGUUUGUCUCGGACGUGUACUUUUGAAGAAAAGCAAGAUCUUAGUGCUCGAUGAAGCGACAGCAUCGGUCGAUACAGUGACCGAUAAUCUAAUUCAGACAACCUUAAGGGAGCACUUCUCCGACUGCACGGUCAUAACAAUUGCUCACCAGAUAACUUCGGUUCUCGACAGUGAUAUGGUUCUGCUUCUAAGUCAUGGACUUAUAGAAGAAUAUGAUACACCGUCGAGUUUGCUCGAAAACAUGUCUUCAUCAUUUGCACAGCUCGUAGCAGAGUACACCGUAAGGUCGAAUUCAGGGUUCGAGAAGUUGGACUGAACUAGAUGACGAUGAUGAUGAAAUCAAGUGUUACACAUCAGAAUGUUAAUUUGUAACAGUGGGUGUUGUUCAUUGUUUUGUGCCAGUUUCUCGACUGAUAACA